AUGGUAGGUAAUACUAACAUACUUCAUGUAAAAUCAUAUUAUUGAAUAAUAAAGAUAAGAAAGGACAUAUGUCACAUUCAACUACUAUAGUCUAUAAUGAUUUUUUAAACAUUUAUUUCUAUUAGAUUUGAAUUACCAGUACGGAUGGAACCGUACGAUAAUGAAGUACGUAGGUAUAUGGCCAGAAGAGAGGAAAUGGAACAGACCUUCGAGUUAUAUUGUUCUGUUACCGUUUCUCUCAAUGCUGUGUUUCGUGUCUGUUCCACAAACCAUGAAUCUGCCGCGCAUCGCACAUGAUCUGGAUCUUGUAGUUGAGAAUUUAUCGAUGACUAACGUCACUGUCACGAUGUCGCUAAUGAAGACCGUGGCUUUUUGGAUGAAUGGCAAAAUGAAAAAUGUAAUUAACAAACUGAAUACAUUUUUACAAAUAGUAGGAAAAAUUUUACGAUUACAUGAAACAGAUUUUCAAAUUAUAUUCUAUCCGUCAUUUCUAUUCUCUCUGCUGCAGUGCAUAGCCAACGAUUGGGCUACAGUGGACUCGAAAAUCGGACGUGAAACAAUGAUGGACAUCGCGAGGAUGACAAGAAAGAUCAUAAUAGGAUGUUCAAUGAUAUGCCAAUUAGUCCUCGCUUUUUAUCUGAUUCUACGAUUAUUUUUCAUGAAGUACGACGAUAACAAAAUGUUCAUACGUGGCUAUUAUCCCUACAAUACAACCGUAAGCCCAAAUUAUGAAUUGACUAUGAUUGGUCAAGCUAUAGCUGGCGUGUAUAGCAGCGCCAUAUAUUCAUCUGUGGAUACUUUUAUCGCCAUGCUAGUUUUACAUGCCUGUGGACAGAUUUCAAAUCUAAAGAACGAGUUAAGGGAAAUCUCGCAUGGAAAGACUGAUUUACAGACGAGGUUGAAAAAAAUCGUUCAAAAACAUAAUUACAUCACUAGGUUUGUACUGAAAAAGAAAUUAUUAAUUAAGAUGAUAUUGUUCGCUGAAACGGUAGAGAAAAGUUUCAAUAUGAUGCUUCUGGUUCAAAUGCUUGGUUGCAUCGUUCAACUAUGCUUCCAGUCUUUCCAAGCUAUCACGUCAGUUGGAGAGAAGAAUAAACGAUAUGUAAUUUUUCAAAUUGCAUUCCUGUGUUACUAUGUAAUUUGUGUGUUGGUGCAAUUGCUCCUGUACUGCUACGUGGGCGAAAGACUUACGUUUGAAAGUACAGAUAUAACUAAAACAGCAUAUCAUUGUGAAUGGUACAAUCUACCACCUGAUAUCGCAAGACUGCUUAUUAUUAUUAUGUGUCGAGCGAGAGCAUCACCACUGAAACUGACAGCAGGCAAAUUUUGUUACUUCACUAUACUAUUAUACUCCCAGGUAAGUAAAAACGAAUUUCAAUACAAUAUAUGGGACAGAAUUUUCAAUAAAAUCUUCCUACAUAAAUGGCGAUGCGAUUAUAAAUUACAAUGCAUCUAAUUUAAGCGAUGAAUAUUUGUAAUUUGUAAUAUAAUACAAAUUACAAAUAUUUAAAAUUUUUACACAACAGUUAGAAUCACAUGAAAUAUGUUAAGUAUUCUUGAAAAAUUAUAAAAUUGAAGUACUUAUAAUCAUGUGCCGUAGCUCACGAAAGUAUACGAACAGUCACACAGAAAUUCGUAUAUGUAUAUUAUUAUUCUGUAUUAUAUAAAGUAUUUGGAAAUUUUAAGAACAUGGCAAAGAAAUACAAAUUUCAUGAUUAUAUUAAAACUAGUAUAAAAUAUGUACAUAGAGAAAUUUAUGCAUUUAUUUUAUGUAUUAUUUAGUUUAAGAAUUUAAUAAGAAUUAAAGGAAGACAUUAA